AUGAGCGACCAGCUCGACAAGCUGUGUGCCGCCAUCGCGCAGGCCGAGGCCCGCGCGCCGCCGCCAAUGGCCGCCAAUGAUGCCAUUCGCCUAUACGUCGACCUUUGCCAAGUAGUCGACCCGAUAAAGCGAAAUGGACUACGCACCUUGCUACAGGAGCUCACAGCCAAGAAGACCGCGCGCGAGAUCCCGUCCGUGACCCAGGCUUUCUUGGAGCGGGCGCCGGCGCUGGUCGGCGCGGUUCUGUGGCGUCAAUGCUGCGAGAAGCAGCGCCCGCGAGGCGACCCGGUACCUGGACCCGCCGCGGCCGGCGGUGGUGAGGACGCGAGUCCGCCCGGCUCGUCGUCCGAUGCCCCGUGGCGGUGCAACUGGUGCCAGUCAUUAAAAGCCGAUGGCAGGUGCCGAGGCCCGGGCGGCCCGUCGACGCUCUGCGGCACGUGCUACAGACGCCACAGAAAUGGCGAGACCGGCCCGCGCUCGGCCGAUUGGUCCUGUGACCGGUGUGGCGUCCAAGAGACGCCAAGGCGGUUCAAGGGGCCAAAGGGACCAGCCACGCUCUGCGAGCCGUGCGGAUUGCGCUAUGUGAAGGGCGCGACCGGCCCGCCGGCGGAGGACUGGCGUUGCGAUUGGUGCCCAGAGACAACUGGCCGGCGAUGCACGGGCCCCAAAGGUCCCGGCACCCUCUGCAAGACGUGCGGCGGACGCUUCAGAAACGGCAAGACCGGCCCGCUCUCGGCGACGUUCGAGUGCCGCUGGUGCGGUGCGACCUCCACGCGCCGCCGAUACGACGGCCCCACCGGCGAGGGCGAGCUCUGCGUCUCGUGCGGCACUUACUACGCCAAUGCGUCGGACAAGAUCAAGGCGCGCCUCGGCCACGUCGAGAAGGAGCUCGUCAACCGCGCAAGCGAGGUCGAGCGCCUCACGAGCGAGCUCGACCGCCUCACGAGCGUCCCCGUGAUCGACGCGGAGACCGGCGCGGAGACGCGCGAGAGGCCGCCAAAGCGCGCGCGCGAGGACGCCGACGCGGCACCGCCCCCUUCCGGCCUCCAGCGCGAGAAGGCCCAGCGAGACGCGUUCCGCCAGGUCAAGCUCGAGAAGGAGGCGCUCGAGGACCGCCUCCUCUGCACGAUCUGCAUGGAGGCCGACGCGCCGCGGACCGUCCUCUUCGGGCCGUGCAACCACUUCCUCGCCUGCGCCUCGUGCGCCGACGCGCUCCAGGAGUGCCCGAAUUGCCGUGUACCUAUCGCCGCGCGCACCUCGAUCGCGAACACGAGCUAG